ACAUCGGACAAAAUGAAGACAACAUCUGUUUGGUGUUUUUUUUCUGUCCUUGUACUGUCUAAGACUGUAUUCUUGAAAAGUAUUUCUGGAUCUGCGACUUCCCCUCCAGAGAAAAGAAGUGUUCAACCGCCAUUCUUUGCUGGUGGUAGUCCUCCAAAAGGGCUACCUGGUACUUCUCAAGGGAUCGAAAUCGAGCAGACGCUGCCUUAUGAUCCUCCAGGCACUCCACCUUAUUUUUUUUCUCUCUUUGAUCCAAGCACCAAUACACCGUUUUAUUCAGCUUACAAAGUUACACCUGCUCAGUCAAAGGACAUUGGGAAAGGAAGAAGGCCGGGUAGAAUACGCUGGAGAGAAGGCGGUGUGGAGAGAGGUGUUCCUGAUCUCAAAAUUGCUUAUAAGGAAGCAAUCGAAAAAAACCGAGAACGUCUUAGAGGAUCACGUCCAAACCAAGAAUUAACCAAAGGCCAUUUGAAUCCCUCAGCGAUAAAUUCCUUUAACGAAAAAUUCAUGGACGCUACCUACACAUUUACCAAUGUAGUACCUCAGUUUGCAGCGUCGAACUUUUAUUUGACGAAGUUUGAGACAAAAGUGGAAAAUUAUGCAAAGGACAAUUGUGGCAAGAAAGAUGGAACCCUCUACCUUUUGACUGGCAGAUCAGAAAAUGGCCUUGUCACUAGUCCGGCGGGGAUAGCCGUUAAGGAUUCUACAAAUGUACUUCCUAAGCCCUUUCCGACGGAUACGUUUGUGCAAGGUACAAUAACACUUGUAACUCCUCGUUCUCUGUGGACAGCUGUUUGCUGUAUAUGGCAAGUACCAGGUGAGGAGAAGAAAAGAGCAGAAUCUUUUGCAAUGAUGAGGGGAGGGGGUGGUCUAUCUCCCCCCGGAUAA